GCUUCAUCUUUUCAAGUUGACUGAUUCCUCGAAAACACUAUUUUGCGCACUCGCUUUUGAAGACGAAAUGGAUAUCAAAACGUUAUUUCUUAAUCUUCGAGAGGAAGUGUCUUGUUCAGUGUGUACUAAUGUUUUCACGGAUCCGAAACAGCUCCAAUGUUUACACAGUUUCUGUGCGCAAUGCUUGAAACAGUGGUACAGAACAAGCCAUGGUCGGGACACAAUUAGAUGUCCGCAGUGUCAGGCUCUUAGCCGAAUGCCUGAAAGCGGCGAUCCGAAAGAUCUGCCUACCAGUUUUUAUCUGAACGGCCUGAUUGAUGUGUUAGCCAUCAAAGAGUGUAAAAGUAGUCAAGUACGGUGUGGAAAUUGCGACAAGAAAAGCUCUGAGACAUCUUACUGUUUCCAGUGUUGCAUAUUUUAUUGCCAAGAAUGCGUCACUGGACACAACAUCAUGCGAAGUAGCAAAGAUCAUCGAGUUCUUGCGCUCAAAGACUUUCGAGAUGAGGACUUUGAGGAUGUGAUAAAACGUCCGUCCUAUUGCUCAAAGCAGCGACACGAGAAAGAAGAGCUGAAAUAUUUUUGCAAAGGUUGCGACGCAGUAGUUUGCCAAACUUGUGUUUUGAUGGACCAUGCAGGUCACGCGUUGGAACACUUACAAGAAGAAGCUGAGAGGCAAAAGAUUGAAAUGAAAUCCCUGAUUGAGGCACAGAAACGCAAUUUGCGAGAAAAGAUAAACACUAUUGGUCAGCUCGAAAAGGAAUAUGCUAAACUGAUUCAACAAGGUGAGGAGGCGAAAAGAAAUGUUCAAAGCUUUGUUGACGACUUGAUCGCGCUUAUUCAAUCGAAGAAAGAAAAUAUAAUUGCAAAGGUUGAAAACCAAACAAAAGAAUCCCUUCAAGCACUGACAGCAGAAAAAACGGAGAUUGAGAGUCAAAUAAAGAGCAUUGAAUCAUCGCUGGAAAAAACCAACGAGCUUUUGACGCGACGUACAGACGCAGAAGUCGUUCAACUGAAGAAGUCAUUGCAUGCAACAAUUGCGACUCAAAAUGAAAGUCAACUAGUUGAAAGUGACCCGCAAAACAUUCCUGCUCUGGUUUUCAUGGAAAAUCAAAAGAUGCUGAAUACCGUCAACUCCGAAGAAAUUGGAAUUUUACUACAUGCAUCCAAAAAAACGGAAGCAAGAAUGUCUGUUACGGAGGGGAAAGAACUGAGUGAAGUUUUCAUAGGACACGAGGUACAGUUUGUUUUGACCACGAAAAACGCUAAAGGAGAGCAAUGUUACAAUAAAUAUGACAAUGUAACAGUAGAGAUUACUGACGAAAGACAUCUACAAUGUACCGCAGAGGUGCGAAUAAAUAACAGUGAAGACGGACGCUAUCAGAUCAGCUACUCUCCAAGAGAUUCAGGUAGAUUCGAGGUGACUAUGAAGGUAAAUGGGGAACAAACCAUUGGAAGUCCUCUCAUUAUGAAGGUAAAACAAUUCAAGCUAACACCAGUUUCAACUUUUGGAACUUUCGGCUCAUGUGAUGGAAAGUUAAAUAAGCCUUGUGGUUUGGCAGUAAAUGCCAUUGAUGAGAUAGCUGUAACCGAAUCUUUUAACCACCGUGUUCAAAUAUUUAACACUGAUGGACUUAAUUUAAAAUCCUUCGGUCGACUAGGUAACGGGAUGGGAGAAUUUAAAAAGCCGAAGGGAAUUACAUUUCACCAAAAUGGGAACAUUUUUGUGGCAGACCAAGAUAACCAUAGAGUCCAAAUUUUCAGUAGGGAGGGUGAAUUCCUGGGAAAAUUUGGUGGAAAAGGAGGCCUCGAUGUUCAUCUAAGUUAUCUUCGCGGCUUAUCAGUUGAUAGUGAUGGUAAUAUCCUUGUUGUUGAUAAAGGGAACAAGCUAAUCAAAAUAUUUUCCCCUGAAGGCAAGUUUCUUAAAAAGUUUGGCGUGAAGGGCUCUUUAAAUUUCCCUGUCCACUGUGUUCAAUAUGAUAGAUAUCUCAUAGUGUCAGACAGAGGUGAACAUUGCAUUAAAGUAUUUGACAGGAAUGGAAACUUUCAGUACAAGUUUGGAAAGCAGGGUAAAGGGGACGGGGAGUUUCAAAGUCCUAAUGGUUUGUCAGUGAACAAGUCAGGACACCUGAUGGUCUGUGAUACAGAGAAUCACAGAAUACAGGUAUUUGAACUGAGUGGAAAGUUUGUUGGUAAGUUUGGAACAAAAGGUACAGGUCUUGGAGAAUUCAAUCAUCCUAGAUCGAUUUCAAUGCUAAAUGAUGGCCGCAUUGUCGUGUGUGAGUUGGGAAACCAUCGCAUUCAGCUGUUCUCGUUUGAAAACAAAACUCAAGCUGCCACCGGAAAGAGUAAUUUGGUCUGAUUUGCGCCGAAAGAACGAGAAACAUAAUUUUAGGGAGAAGUAUACCACAGAAACCGUACAGAUAAAGAAACUUGAUCGACUAAUGUGAAAACAAAGUGAAAACUUCCAAGGUCUUAUUUUUAACACAUUUGAACGCAAUUUUCCAAAAUUUAUGUUUGCCUUUAAACUCUGAACAAGCGGUCAGUGUCAUAGUAAAGUCAACAAACAAAUAAAUAAAUAAAUCGAUAAACCGUAGAUUGUUCUAGAUGGGUUAUGAAAACGAAUUCUGCCAAUAAGAGGAGCCUGGCCUUACUCGACUUGCUCUGGAUUGUCUGUCAAAGCAUGACAAAGUCGAACAUAUUUUCAAUUAUAAAAAACUGGAUCAUUGGAUAAUGCAAUUCAAGACUUUUUAUUGGCUUGGCCAUUAUG